ACAAAAAAACAGACAAACACAAAAUCUUCUUUCUCUCUCUUAUCGAACAGAAAAAUAAGAAUAGGAGUUGGAAAAAAAAUGGCGACUCCACAGUUUCCAGAAGACUUCAAAUGUCCAAUUUCAUUAGAAAUAAUGACAGACCCAGUAAUCCUUUCAUCUGGACAUACUUUUGAUCGAUCUUCAAUUCAGAGAUGGUUAGAUUCUGGAAACAGAACUUGUCCAAUAACUAAACAACUUCUACCUCAAAAUCCAUCUCUUAUACCUAAUCAUGCUUUAAGAAGUCUCAUUUCUAAUUUCUCUUUUACUUGUUCAUCUUCACAAUCAAAAUCAUCACCUCAAGAACCAGAUCCGCAAACCCUUAUAUCUAAUCUCACUUGUCGUUCUUCAACUCCUUCUCUUCACUCGAAAAUUUACUCGCUUGAUCAACUUAAUCGUCUCUGUAAAUCAAACCCUUUCUUCCGCCAAAGACUGACAGAGUCUGGUGCUGUUUCAACGGUAUUGAAUUUUGUUGGUUCUGAAGAUUCGAGAUUACAAGAGUCAGCUUUACUGUUGUUAUUGAAUCUUAGUUUAGAUGAUGAUAACAAAGUUGGUUUAGUAGCAGAAGGAGCAAUUGGUAGAGUUAUAUCAGCUUUAAGAUAUGGGAAACCAAAUUGUAAAGCGUAUGCUGCGACUAUGUUGACGAGUUUGGCUAUGGUGGAAGUAAAUAAAGGAACAAUUGGUGCUUAUCCGUUUGCUAUUGAGACCUUAGUUUCUCUUCUUAGAGAAGGAAAAGGUAGAGAAAGAAAAGAAGCUGCUACUGCACUGUAUGUACUUUGUUCAUUUCCUGAUAAUAAGAAGAGAGCUGUUGAAUGUGGGGCAACUCCUAUUCUGAUUGAAAUGGUUAAUUCUGGUAUGGAGAGAGCAAUUGAAGUUAUGGGUUUAUUGGCAAAAUGCAGGGAAGGAAGAGAAGAAAUGGGAAAAAUUGAUGAAUGUGUUAUGGUGUUAAUUCAAGUAUUGAAGGAAGGGAGUAGUAGGAGUAUAAUUUGUGCUUUAGCUGUUUUGAAUUCACUUUGUUCUCAUAGUGAAGAGAUUAGUUUGGAAGUGAGGAGAAAAGGGGUUUUAGAAAUUUGUUUGGGGUUGGCUGAAGAUGAUAAUGAUAAGAUUAGCAGAAAUGCUUCCAAUUUGGUUCAAACUCUAAGGAGGUGUUUAUCUAGAGCUUGAUUUUGUUGCGAAUUUUAACAAGAGAAGAUUAAAGGAAUCAAUUUUCUGUUGUUGUUGUUGGUGGUGGUGGCGGAAUCGUCUGUCGAGGUAUGUUUACGGUUCAUUGGUUUUGUCUCCUAUGUUGGGUAGUUCAUGUAUAUAGAAUGGUUAGAUUUGGUUGGGGGUAUGGGGACAUGUUGUAAUCUUGUACAUUAGGGAAUAAACGAGAAUGGGUUCUCUGUUGUUCUGUUCAUAGUGAAUUUUUCUAAUUGGUUAUCUGAAAUAUAAUCAUGUUCAUUCGGAA